GACGAGGUAGAGGAGGCUCUGGAGACGGUUCAUCCGGAGGCUGGAGUGGUCAAAACGGAGGAAAUCAACAAGGAGGAUGGGGAGGCCAGAGUGGAGGAGCACAACAAGGCGGAAGUUGGGGAGGCCAAAAUGGAGGAGGACAACAAGGCGGAAGUUGGAGUGGUGGUGGCUCAGGUGGCGGUUUUGGAGGUCGGGGAGGUGGCGACCGAGGAGGAAGUAAUGAUGAUUCAGGCGAACGUCACCGCCAUCACCACCACAGGGAAGGACCGGGAGGCUGGGGAGGUCCAGGAGGGUCGAGAGGUUGGAGAGGUUCAGGAGGUCCAGGAGGAUGGGGAGGAUGGAGAGGUGGAUUCGGAGGUCCACGACCUUGGUUCGGCCGAGGUGGAUUCGGAGGUGAGUAUAGCUUACUUUUCAUUAUCAGAGACCUUACUUUUCAUUAUCAGAGACUUUAAU